CUGUCGUGCAUGAGUAUCAUGGAGGAACUCGGACAACAGCAGGAAGAAGAAAAUGGGUGGACAAUGCUCAGCCAAGCGGAAGAAGCACUGCAAAAGGCAAGCGGCAAGCCAUACCCAAUCCACUGUUUGGGAUGCAACGAGGAAGGACACAAUUUCCAAGACUGCCCACACAAAGAGGACCCCCAAGUCCUAAAACGUUUCUAUGAAAAAACUGGACCAGUGGAAGCAACGAAAGAACAAAGAACAGAAUCGAAAUAG